AUGUUAACCGUUGUAUGUGUGGAUGAUAAUUGCAAGUGGAUGCUAUGUGCUUCUACUGUCAAGCAAUCUGCAAUUUUCAUGAUCCGUAAAUUCAUCAACGUGCACACAUGUUCCCUUGAUUUUCGUCGUAACGCACAUCGGCAUGCCACUAGUUCUGUAAUUGCCGAGCACAUUGUAGGCAAACUGGAUACUCCAGGUCGAUCGUAUGACCCUACCGCUAUUGCACGUGAUAUGGAACGUGAGUUCGGUGUGAAAAUAAGUUACAACAAAGCUCGUAGGGGAAAGUUUCAUGCCUUAACUAUGCUACACGGUACACCGGAAGCCAUUUUUCAGAAAUUGUCUUCAUACUGCCACGUCGUAAGAGAGAGUAACCCGGGGACAGUAACCCACAUAGAACUCGAUUCUCAAAAUAGAUUUCAUUACUUCUUCCUAGCUUUCGGUGCAAGCAUUCGUGGUUACACGCAGUACUUGAGACCCGUUAUUUGUGUUAAUGGCAGUCAUCUGAAGGGUCCAUACAAAGGGACACUUCUACUGGCAACUGCUCAAGAUGGUAACAAACAGAUAUAUCCGUUAGCAUGGGGGAUUGUGGAUGCUGAAACCAAUAAAUCCUGGAAGUGGUUUAUGUCCAACUUGAAAGAGCUUAUAGGGGACUCCAAAGAUCUCGUAUUUGUUUCAGACAGAAAAAAGAGCAUUGACAAAGCUAUUACUCAGUUGUUUCCGUUGUCUCACCAUGGUUGUUGUAUCUGGCAUCUCGAAAAGAACCUCAUACAGUGGUACAGCAACGCAAGUGCAAUACUUUUAUUCAAACGAGCUGCUACGACAUAUCGGGUUGAGGACUUUGAAAGACUCAUGGGACAGAUCCGCAGGGUGAGCACAAGAGCGUACGGGUACUUAGAGCGUGCGAGUUAUUCAUUUUGGUCCCGAGCACUAUUUAUUGGCCACCGUUACAACAUCAUGACGAACAACAAUGCUGAGUCUCUGAACUCCAUGUUGAGAGAAGCCCGUUCUUUACCGAUAACUUGCUUGGUCGAACACAUUCGGAGUACUUUGCAGAAGUGGUUUUAUGAACGUCAAAAAAAUACGACCGAUUGCAGUACAGUAUUGACGCCAAGGAUGGAAAAUGAGUUACGGAUGACAUUUGAAACUGGAACUAGGCUUCGAGCCCAGUUGUUGACAAACAACUUAACUCAGAGGGGUGCCUAUAGCGAAGCUAUAUAUCCUGUUGGACGUGAAGCGGACUGGGUUGUUCCCAGUUUAAUUACAUCUACUCCUAUUUUGCCACCACUCGUAUGUCGCCCUCCAGGUAGACCACCGACCCGACGUAAGCGUUCAAGACACGAGUCUGCAUGGUCGAGCAGGAAAUGCACUCGUUGUGGUCGUCUUGGUCAUAAUCGGAGCACAUGUUCGAACCCCAAUGUAUCACAAGUUCCCUAA